AAACGUUCUGGCCAGCGAGCCGUGGAACUAGGCCUAAGCUUACUGUAGAAUUAUCGAUAGAUAUUUCAAGUCGUGCAUAUCAAAUGACUUCGAUAAGAUUCUGAGGGGACGGUAACACCCCCGUGUGCUGGGAAGCGGAACAUAUCGGUUGGCAGGUAUAGUGUUUGACUGCAGACCUUUUUGAGCAGAGCGUGAGGCACAAGACACGACACUUUUGCAAUAAUAUAGGAAUUCGGAUCGAACUGUUCAUUCAUGGCAGUAUAUGUUGGGUGUUGAUACUCUUUGUGGAUGGUGGAUGUGUACCUGUGUGGGACGCCAUACAUAUUGUGAAUCGUAUCUAUUGACGACGCUGUGGAUAUCUGUUUGGCAACGGAGGUGAUUUAGUCGUGGGGUUUCUUGAAGGUUUUAUUUGUGAAGACAUUGUUGUAAUCAUGGAUGCGGAUGAAGCACCGAAAUCUGAAACAGUCCCUGGGCCGGAUACGGAAGGUAAACAAGAUCCGGAGAUCCCUGAGGCGACAGAUGCAGCCGUAACAGAAGGCGCCGUAACAGAAGGGGCCGUAACAGAUGCAGCCGUAACAGAAGGGGCCGUAACAGAUGGAGCCGUAACAGAAAAUGUAGUUGAAAAUACAGCAGAGGUGGAGAAAAAGUCAGAUGAUACAAAACCGUCAAGUACGAUGGAGAAAGAAGGCAAAGAAGAGACGGAAGGGGAAAGAGUUCCUGAGGACAUCAAACCAGAUCCUGAAGGUAACAAACUAAACCCUGAGGACAAGGAACAUCCCGAGACCGUCACUCCAGAAUGUUUAGCUAAAAACGAUGACGUUACACCUCCAGAGACAGAGGUUCCAGCAAUAGCUGAAAUUGACCCGUUCUCGGACACUAAUCCUUCCCCUGAACCUGCUCCUCCGGUGAGUCAACACGAUACCAAGACCAACCCAUCCCCAGAACCAAGAGAACCGGCAGCAUCUCCAGGACCUCCUCCAGCUCCAGCUCCACACGUCCAUCGUUCGGCCCACCACUCAAGGGCAGGCGCUUACGCCUCACUCACCCUAAACCAGAUGGCCAUUGCUGCCAGUGCUCAGAACAAGCUCCCAACGAGUCGCCUGAAAGGGAUUUUGGAACGACUUGGUCGUCAUACGGAGUCCAGCGCAAAGAAGAGAGGAGCUUGGUACAAGAGUGAAACGAGUUAUGUGGAUGUCAAUAGUUAUUCGUGGAAGAACUUGGCUUUGUACAAAGAUUACCAACAAAACAUGUGGACGGGCGACGGGACAAUUAAGUCGACCUGCAAGAAAUGAGAAGAUACAUGUGUCUCCUGAAGUUGUUUAUAAGGACGAAUACAUUUCUUCUAGCCAGGAAUUGUUAAAAAGGAUAUUUUCAUGUGAAGAACGGUUUGAUAUGAAAACAAUUAUUCAUUUGUGUGACGUUUAGUGUUGGAAACCUUAUAAUGUAAAAUAUUCACUUCAUACGGGGGUUAUUUUUGAGUGAGUAUGGUUUUACGCCGCUUUUAGCAAUAUUCCAGCAAUAUCGCGGCGGGGGACACCAGAAAUGGGCUUCACACAUUGUACCCAUGUCGGGAAUCGAACCCGGGUCUUCGGCGUGACGAGCGAACGCUUUAACCACUAGGCUACCCGACCGCCCUAUUUUUGAAAAAUCAUAGGUGACAGAUGAGUAAGACGGUGAAAUUUACUCUGAACUCUGACAGGCCUCGCUGUAUAUUUAGCGUUUCAAGUACAGAAUCAGUCAUUUGACGGUCCAUUAGUGGAUGACGAUAUGUUGCAGUUAAGAAUAUUUAAUAUGUAUUAGACAGCGAGACUUUGAAAUAGAUUAAGUGUAGAAUACAUACAAAGUCUGUGUUAGGCUCAAUGAGAGACAGGGUAAGUCUAUGCUAUGCUAAAUGAGUAUCAGUGUAUUUAUUUAUAUGUUAAUUGAGGGUCACUCUAAUUCUGUGUUUGUGAGUUAGGACAAUUAAAAUUAAGUCUGAUUAAGUUUUGGACUAAUUGAGGGUCAUGAUGAUGGUAUAUUAUGUUAAUUGAGAUGGGGCCAAUCACGUGGUGACUAAUUCCUGGUGACUUAUCUGCGUUAGACUAGUUUUGUUUUAGGCGCUUCGAAUUCUGGGUUAUGCUUAUUCGGGGUUGGGGGAUUCUGUGUCAGGUACAUUUUGGGGGAAAUUAUUGGUCAGAAUUAUGAAACUAAUUCUAAGGCAGUAGUGUUUUAUGUGAGAAUGCUUCUGGGUCAGGUUAAUUCUGUCCAAAUCUGUGUAAGACUAUCUUUGUAUCGUGUCGCCUAUAGGUUAAGCCUUGGCUUAUUUGGAUAAGCCUUUUUCUGUUUUUGGCUUAUUCUGUGUUGAUAUUCUAUGCCAGGGUGAUACUGUGUCAGGAGUAUUGUGGGUUUACACGCCGAUGUUAUGGUCGUCAUAUAAGUAUUACCAUGGUCUACCGAAGCAGUAUUUUCGUGUUCACACACAUACAUAAUAUUAUUUGUUGUUGUUAUUUUCUCAAUGUUUUGUUUGACACAUUGUAAUCUGAAAGAGAUGGUUUCAAAAUUAAAUAUAAAAUUGGAA